AUGGUUAAACCGGCCACCAUUAGAGCAGUUCUCAGUAUUGCUCUCUCUAAAUCUUGGCCCAUUCUUCAAAUGGAUGUCAAGAAUGCUUUCUUACAUGGUCGUCUCAGUGAAACAGUUUAUAUGCAUCAACCCAUGGGUUUCCAUAGCAAACAAUUUCCAGACUUUUCUGCUAUUACUUAUAUUCUGUUAUAUGUGGAUGACAUUAUUCUUACAACUUCUUCUGACCAUCUUUGUAAGCAUAUUAUGGCUCUCUUGUCUUCUGAAUUUGCUAUGAAAGAUCUUGGUCAUCUGAGUUUCUUCUUGAGUAUUGCUAUCACCCAUAACACCCACGGUGUCUUUUUAUCUCAGACACAAUAUGUUGCAAAAAUUAUUGAACAUGCCAGAAUGUCUAACUGCAGUCCCUGUCCUACUCUUGUUAACACUAAGUCCAAACUUAGUGCAACUGCAGAUACUCCGUAUGAUGAUCCGACUAAGUAUCGUAGUCUUGCAGGUGCUCUUCAGUAUCUCACAUUCACUCGACCAGACAUUUCAUAUGUCGUGCAACAGGUCUGUCUUCAUAUGCACGCUCCGACUAAUGAGCACAUGCGUGCCCUCAAGCGUAUUAUACGUUAUCUUCAGGGUACUUUAACCCACGGUUUAUAUUUGAACAAAUCCUCAGUUAAUCAACUUAUCUCUUAUACAAAUAUUGAUUGGGGUUGGUGUCCUGACACUCGUCGUUCCACUUCUGGAUAUUGUAUUUUUCUUGGGGAUAAUUUGUUCUCUUGGUCUUCCAAAUGGCAACCUACUCUCUCCCGUAGUAGUGCAGAGGCGGAGUACAGGGGUGUUGCUAAUGUUGUUUCUGAUUCAUGCUGGAUUCGAAACCUACUACUAGAGUUGCAUUAUCCCAUUCAAAAGGCUAUCCUAGUUUAUUGUGACAAUGUGAGUGCGAUAUACUUAUCUGGCAACCCAGUUCAACAUCAAUGCACUAAACACAUUGAGAUGGAUAUUCACUUCGUUCGUGAGAAAGUGGCUCGUGGCGAAGUACGUGUGCUACAUGUGUCGUCCCAUUAUCAAAUUGCUGAUAUUUUCACAAAAAGGCUUUCGCGCAUUUUAUUUAAUGAUUUCCGGGACAGUUUAAGCAUACGAGAACCACCCGCUUCGACUGAGGGGGUGUGUUAG